UAUUAUAAUACAGAAUAUCAAGACUAAUAAAAAGAAGAUUCAAGUGCAGAUGAAGGGGAGAGAGAGAGAGAGAGAGAAAGAAUGUCGCUGAUGGAAAAUCUCAUGGGUCUCCUCCGCGUUCGAGUCAAAUGCGGCGUUAACCUCGCCGUCCGCGACGUCCGCAGCAGCGAUCCUUACGUCGUCCUCCGAGUCGGCCGUCAGAAGCUGAAGACCCGAGUGGUGAAAAAGGACGUAAACCCAGAAUGGAACGAAGAUCUGACAUUCACAAUAACCGAUCCAAAUCUCCCGGUUCAACUGACGGUGUACGACCACGACUUGUUCAGCAAGGACGACAAAAUGGGGGAUGCAGAGAUCGACAUAGGGCCGUACAUAGAAGCGCUAAGGAUGGAGCUGUCGGGAUUGCCGGACGGAACGAUCAUAACGAGGAUACAGCCGAGGAGAUGCAACUGUUUGGCCGAGGAGAGCUGCGUUAGGUGGAGCGGCGGACGGAUCGUUCAAGACCUUUGUCUCCGUCUUCGGAACGUUGAGUGCGGCGAGGUUCAGGUCCAGCUUCAAUGGAUCGAUCUUCCUGGUUCCAAAGGCCUCUGAUCUUUCUUUCUUUUUUUAAAAAAAUUUAUUGUGUUGUUUUUUUAAAUAUUAUUAUUGAGUUUUGUAUACUAUUUCAUAUUUUGGGGAAAAUGGGACCGGUCCCAAA